AUGACGGAUAUCCUGACGAGUGAUGAAAAGACUCGCUGCACCAAAGCUUUUAAACAGUUCUCUUGGGGAAAAAAUGGCACAGUUCGAGUGAAAAAACUCGCCCGUGUUAUGCGAAGGGCUGGAUUCGCACCUACAGAUGACGAGUUGCGAAAGAUUUUUGAAAGUUGUCUUGGUCGCACACGCCUUACAGAGAAGAUGUUUUUGUUACUUAUGGAAGAGUAUAAAUCCGACCUACAAAUCACUCAGGAUCUGUACGAGGCCUUCCGACUCUUUGACGAAAGCGGAGAAGGCUACUUUAUGACUAGCAAAAUACGGGAGCUGCUGCGCGCUGGUGAUGAGGCACUGACUGAAGAGGAUGUUGAGGCGCUUUGCAGUCAAGCGGACUCAGAUGGUGAUGGAAAAGUCUACUUUAGUGACUUCGCUCGAGUGAUGAUGACUCCGGUGAAGGAACCGGUAGAACUCUAA